AAAAAAAAUUGGCAACACCAAUUAAUAUUCUCGCCCAAACCGACAAUCAUUUCAACUUCUACACACAUUAUCAACCUCCACCACAUAUCACAUUCAACAUGGCAGGGCUUGAACAAUCACUUUUCCAAUUAAAAUUCACAGCAAAGCAACUCAAUAGACAAGCCACAAAGGCGGCCAAAGAGGAACUUCAAGAAAAGGCCAAAACUAAAAAGGCCAUGACUCAAGGAAAUAAUGAUAUUGCACAAUUAUAUGCGCAAAAUGCGAUCCGAAAGUCCAAUGAACGAGUGAAUUUAUUGCGACUCGCGUCACGAAUUGAUGCGGUGGCUCUGAGAGUGCAAACAGCUGUGACCAUGAGAUCUGUGACGGGUAACAUGACCCAAGUGAUUAAGGGGAUGGAUAAGGCAUUACAAACAAUGAAUUUAGAGAGAAUUUCGCUUGUUAUGGAAAAAUUCGAGAAUCAAUUUGAAGAUUUGGAUGCUCUGACGAAUUACUAUGAGAGUGCCACCAACAACGUGAGUGCCCUCACGACUCCACAAGAGGACGUCGACGAACUUAUGAGUCAAUUGGCAGAUGAGGCAGGUAUAGAAAUGAAACAAGGUUUAAAUGCCACCAAGGUUGACAUUUCCACUCCUCCAACGACAGUGAGUGAAGAGAAGGAGGAUAGAUUAGCUGAGAGAUUAAGAGCUCUUCGUAGUUGAUGAGCAGGUUUUAUUGCCGGGGGUGCCGGUCUAGUAGCUGCAACUAAUUAGAAGAACCAAAAAUAA